AUGUCUGAGUUAGACCAGCAAACCGCUGCCCAGCUAGUACGACCGCUAGACAACAUAGUAGACCUAUUAACGAGUGGUGAGAUUACCGCAGUAGCAUACGCGGUACAACUUAUCCCGAGAGACGUACCGAUCCGAUUUGUAUGCGAAUCUCUCUUCAUGCGUAACGUCCUGUGUAAAGACCUACAGCGAUGGGAGGACGUUGACUGGUUAGGCAUCAGCAACAAACUCGCACUACAAGACCUAAUAAACGUCCUCCGUCAGCGCUGCGCCCCCACCACAUUUAGAAUGGCUAGUACCCACGAAGAUUGGAACAUCAUAGACAAAGGACGCCACCUUGUGAAACACCUCAUAGAUAAUAGCGGCCUCAAGACGGUCUCCUUGAACAUCGACCAGACCCUCCAGCUAUCUGGAGCUAAGUUAUCGACCAUGUCGCAACGUAUUGCCUACCGCCUUAUCCUACAAAGGCGCCCCAUCGAAGAACGUCGAUCAACGAAAACCACGAUCGACGCAGUGCUUGCCAAAGUCAACCUUAACUCAGAUAGCCUUAUUACCGCUGACGUCCUAUGGAAAAGCAUACGAAACCACGACUUCCGCCUGCCAAUCUCUGACUUCCUAUGGAAAUGCCUUCACAGUGCAUUCCGUGUCGGACGCUUCUGGGCUAAAAUACCAGGAUAUGAAGAUAGAGCCAUAUGUCAAUACUGUGGUGCCGUUGACUCAAUGGCACACGUACUUACUGAAUGCACCGCCCCAGGCCAACAGGAGAUCUGGGCAAUGGCUGGUAACCUAUGGCGGUGUAAACAAGCCACCUGGACCAAGCCCGACCUUAACGACAUCCUCAGUGUCGGAAUACGCCAGUGGCUCUCCCCUAAAAAGAAACGGAGACCAUUUGUAGAACGUAUGUGGCGCAUACUGAUUUCCGAAGCUGCGUACCUCAUAUGGUGUCUACGUUGUGAACGAACCAUUGGCCACGCAAUAGAUGAUGGCUGGACUCACUCAGGACCAGAAAUCCGCGCUAGAUGGGGAUGUAUAAUCAACCGUCGGCUCCAUCUUGAUAUAGCUAUGACAAACAAACGAUACGGGAGGAACGCUCUAUGGCCGCCGCUAGUCAUUGGUACAUGGUGUGGUACCCUACACGACGAAACUGCUCUCCCUGAUGAUUGGACAAAGAUUAAAAGGGUUUUAGUGGGUAUUAAUCCUAACACCUACGUUACCUGGGAUGUAGGAUAA